CCAGGACCCAAUAUUGCCGAGUCCAGGAACUUCACCCGCUCGAUCGCCAGCGACCAGUGUUGUGUUGGUGCAGUAGUGGAAGCAGCGAGAGACACUACAUCUUCUUUUCCCUGUAGAGUAUGCAGCGUGUGUGUGGCAGCUUGUGUGUGAUGCUGGCCUGGAUCGCCACGGUGGUUAUUGCUCAGAACAGGAUCACAGACCCGAUGAAUCUGGGCGAGAUCGACCCCCAGUGCUGGGAGAGCUCGUCCCUGACCCUGGUCGAGUUCAGGAAGCUGCGAGUCGCCGAAACAGUCAGCGCCCUCUGGGACUUCAUGAUCUUUCUGAAAGUCUCGGAGAAACCUCAGCACGCUGCCCUUUUCAUCGACCUGGCUCAGCUCUUCUGGGAUAUCUACGUGGAUUGUGUGUUGUCGCGAUCUCAUGGGCUGGGCAGGAGACAGAUCGUAGCCGGAUAUACCAUGCGGUAUCCGCAGUACUCGGCAGGCUUGGCGCGUUCAAGCGAAAAGGAUUUGAAGUUUUAAACAUCGCGGAAGAACUCUGUCCCGAAGUAUCAGCGAAAUGCAAGGUUGUCUGUUCCACCCACCGUGACAAUGAGCGAAGAUAAAAAAAAAAUUCAAAUUACAACUGAAACAGCCUCUCUUUAAACCUAUAAUCUAAUAUUCAAAAGAAAAUUAACGAAGGUUUGUUUUUUAUUGGAUCCGUGUACAGACAAUAGCCGAAAGCUCCAGGGAUAAGUAAAACAUAAAAUUGCUUACUUCAAACUUCACAGUGCCACUGUUCCCUAAGCAUAAAAUAUAAUUCCCAACCAAAGUAUCUAUUGCACAUGGGUUAUUCGAUAUUUGUUGGUUAUUUCUUUUUGGUGGGAUCUGGUUUUCCCAGUUUUCUCAUCUGCGGAAGGAUGUUAUCCAGUCAUAUUAAACAUCUCUCAGACAAAUUUCUAUAAAGUUAAAUACUAGACAUAUGUUUACACGUAAGCUCCAACACCAGGACAACAUAGUUUCUGUUUGAAAAAGUGUAAAUGUGACUUUGCAGGUUCAUCUCACUCAGUGGACCCAGCAGUCUCAAGGAGAAUAUAUGAGAUAAAUUGGGUGUCAUGUAUCCUUAUGGAAAUCUAAUGAAACAAUGAU